ACCAUCAGCGAGACGUCAGAGGGACAGAGCAGGAAGUGAACAGGAUCUGAUAAACACAAGUCUUGAAGUGGUUUGACAUUUGAGGCUGUGGUACAGUUACAUUAGCUGCCCUCCUUACAGGUCAGAUAAUAAUAUAUCAUAGAGUCAUAUUGACAUGAAGGGCGCAUUAGAGCUGCUGCAGCGGGUGAGCGCGCACCCGGACGCGCACUGCUGGUAUGUCUCGUGGAACCCCGCGGGCACACUGCUGGCAUCAUGUGGCGGUGACCGGGCAAUAAGAAUAUGGGGCAAAGAAGGAGACAGUUGGAAAUGUAAGUGUGUUAUGGCAGAUGGUCAUCAGCGUACGGUCAGAAAGGUGGCCUGGUCACCCUGCGGCAAUUAUCUGGCAUCAGCAAGCUUUGAUGCAACCACAUGCAUCUGGAAGAAGAACAAUGAUGAUUUCGAGUCUCUGACAGUGCUAGAAGGUCAUGAGAAUGAAGUGAAGUGUGUGGCGUGGGCUCCGUCCGGAAACUUACUGGCCACCUGCAGCAGAGAUAAAAGUGUGUGGAUCUGGGAAGUUGACGAGGAAGACGAAUAUGAGUGUGUGAGUGUCGUAAACUCACACACACAGGACGUGAAGCAUGUUGUUUGGCACCCGACACAGGAGCUUCUUGCUUCAGCCAGUUAUGACAACAAGGUGUGUAUUUAUAAAGAGGAAGAUGAUGACUGGGAAUGUAGAGCAACGUUAGAGGGACAUACCUCCACUGUCUGGAGUCUGACCUUUGACCCUGAGGGACUGAGAUUGGCGUCUUGUAGUGAUGACCGUACUGUGAAGAUCUGGAGAGAGUCCACGGCUGGAGAUGGUUCGACAGAAGAGUCGUGGAAGUGUGUAUGUACCUUGUCUGGAUUCCACGGGAGAACGGUGUAUGAUGUUGCAUGGUGUCGUCUGACCGGUGCUUUGGCCACAGCUUGUGGUGAUGAUGGAGUCCGUGUGUUCACUGAAGACCCCACAGCUGACUCCGAGCAGCCCAUCUUCUUCCUCUCGGCCCACACGCCCAGCGCGCACAGUCAGGACGUCAACUGCGUGGCGUGGAAUCCAAAGGAUGCGGGAGUGCUCGCAACCUGCAGUGACAACGGAGAAUUUGCCAUCUGGAAGUACAAUUCUGAUGCCUGAACUAGUGAUUAAAGUUCACUAGUUUAAACUAAUGGAGAUUAAGCAUUUUUUUUUAUUCAUCUGUAAUAAGGGUCUUUCAGUUUAUUGUGUGUUUUGAAAGCACUGGUCACAUUAUUGACAACUCACUGACAGUUUUAACCCCACACAUUUUCUGUAACAAAUCAUGUUAAUGUUGUCAUCAAGUUGUAGUUUGGUGGGUAAGUUGGUACAUUUCAGAAUUGUUUAACUGAACAGACAGCAUUGUCUAUGCUUGCAUCUGCAGAGACCUCCAGCUUUUUGCAUUUAGGCUACAAAAUUGUCUCCAAUAUCUUCAAAUGUAAUAAAUGCUUAAUGCUUUUGCAGAAACAAUCAAGUCCUUUAGUCGGUGCUGCGCAUACAAUUUAAUUUGCCCUGUUAAGAGAGGCAAAAAAGCCCCAAAAAACAUCUAGUCCCAUUUUCUAAUCAUGUUAAUCACCCGAUGGCUUUCAAGAUCUGUUUAGUGAAUUAUCAUCUUUAAUGAUUGUGUAUAUAUAAAACCUGUCACUGACUCUGAUGAUCUCCAAUCGUAGUAAUCACAUACAAAUGGCAUGUGAUUCUUAACCCUCCUAUUGUCUUAAGAAACUGCACCUUUUUGUCCUUCGGGUCAUUUUUGACCUGUAUUGAAAACCAUUUAAAAUGCAUAGAUUUUUCAUUAGUGUACAAAGGCACUAAAGUCCCCCAUAACGAAAAUGUGUUUUAUUGUGGGCCCAAAGUGUACAGUGAUGUGGGAAAAGACAGAUAUUGAUUAUGAGUGGAGUAAUAUAGUUUUUAAAGAUAAAAAAUAGUGUAAAUAUUUGGCAAACAUUGGCCAAGGAUGUCUCAAUUUACAUUGAUUUCAAUUACUUUUGGCAUUUUAUAACAUCUUAUCUAUAUUAUAACAGUUUCUGGCCCACUUUGCACAUCCUUUGUAACAAAUCCAUUAAUUCCCACUAAUGUCAAACAAUUUGUUGCAGUGUUUCACAAGUUUUAGUAAGUUAUUUCUGCCAUUUAAUGUUUUAGGAUAAAAUUGCAUUCAACAGGUCUUUUACCAUCCCAUCAUGUAAAAUCGUGUUUUAGUAAACAUAUUUACUAACAUAUUACCUGUUCAGAACUGUAAAAAAAAAAAGAAAACCCGUGUGUGGGUGUAGGAGGAUAUACCGCCUUUGAGGAAAUUAUACAAAUUAUGUGAAUGAUGCGGUACCCAAUUAAGCAGGUGGGGGAGCUAGAGAACCAUAUGGUGCUGGGGGCUAAAUUUGUGAUAAUUUGAAAUAUUUCAAAUACAUUUAUUCAUUUGGCAGACGCUUUUAUCCUAAACGACUAACAAAAGAGGAAAACAUAAGCGAAUCAUCUUAAGGAGACAGUGGUACGAAAAGUGCCAUAUUACAAAGUUUCACUAUCAUCAGAAUAGUAUACAAUUUUUAAAUUUUUUUUAGUGACCGGUUAAGUGCUUUUGGAAAAGAUGUGUUUUUAGCCGUUUUUUGAAGACAGAGUGAGUUAGCUUCACGGGUUGAGUUGGGAAUGUUGGGAAUGAGUUCCACCAAUGUGGUAUGAUGAAACUGAAAGUCCGGGAAAGUGUUUUGGUGUCUCUUUGUGUUGGUACGACAAGGCGACGUUCCUUAGCCGACCGCAGGCUUCUGGUGGGAACGUAGCUCUGCAUAAAUGUUUUUAGGUAUGCUGGAGCAGACCAAGUGACUGUUUUGUAUGCCAGCAUCAGAGCCUUGAAUUUAGUAUGUGCAUGAACCGGCAGCCAGUGGAGAGAGACAAAGAGUGGUGUAACGUGUGCUCUCUUAGGUUCAUUAAAGACCAGACGUGCUGCUGCAUUCUGGAUCAUUUGGAGAGGUCUAAUAACACAUGCAGGAAGGACUGCAAUGAGAGCGUUACUGUAGUCCAGUCUAGCUAUGACAAGUGACUGAACGAGCAGUUGUGUGGCAUGUACAGAGAGGAAGUGUCUUCCUGAUAUUGUAGAGUGUAAAUCUACAUGAUCUUGAUCUAUUUUUAGGUCAGAUUUGACUCUUAUAUGUACAAAAAAUUAUUUAAAGCUGUAUAACAUCCAGAAAGUGAAAGGUCACAGCUGGUUAAUUCCAUAUCGGUCAAAAUUGGCCCAUUAAGACAAUGGAGGGAACAGUUUGUUUUAAAUUAUUUCUCUUUAACAAAUACAAAAAAUAAAUUUUCUCUU